GGGUUGAUUUUUCCUCGCUUUUAUGAUUCAGGGUUUCAUCUUCCUUCCCGACUUUGUAGGCCUUCUGCUUUCCUUUCUGUCUCUCCGAACCACCACGGAGCAGGAUUAAAUUGGCUAUUCCCCAUCCUUCCUCCUGAGCAGUCUUGCAGUCCAGGGCCUUAUGGGAAAGGCAGAUGGAGGGUUUGCUAUCUCUGAGACAACCCUCUCUUCCAGAGCUCAGUUUGAGGACCUACCUUGACAUUGACUUCUACUUUUGUGGCGAGCCUUUUUUUUUUCUCUGAGAGGUCCUGGGAGAUUGAGUAUUAGGGUGUAAUGUCAUUAAAGUAUUGCUAGUUAUGCCUCCUCUUUCGAUGUUCAAGUCUGUUUACCUUAUAUAUUAUUGUUUCUCACAACAUGAAACUAACUCAUUGAUUCUGUAAGCAAAUUACCAAUGCAAGCGAUUUACUUCCUGAGGUUGGAUUGAGCAUUAGUGUGUUUAGUAAGGAUUGAUCUUUUCGGAGGGGGACCGCUUAAGUUAUUUUGGGUUUCAAGACCAUGUACCAUAUGUGGUAGGAACCUUGGUUAAACAUAACCAGAGCUAACCUAAGAAGCUUUUUUCCUAAAUUGUUAAUUCAUUAAGUGGUGACUAGAAACUUGGUUUCUCUCUGAGUGAUGUACAGUUUUUGGCAGUGACCUACAGAAAUUGAAUUCCUUCCCUCAGCAGUGUGUUAGUUGGCAGAACCAUGUUGGUUAAGUUAUAUUUUAGCUUUGUUUUAAUAGGCAUCUGGAUCUAAUUGUUGAGUAUGUAUUUCUAGCACCUGUAAAGGUAGUUAAGGAUUUUUUUGUUCUCCCCUUGAGGAUAAAUGUAUUAAACAUCCCUAAUUCUCUUAACUGUCAUACUGGGUAAGAGCGUGAGACGCUUCACGAAUGUUCAGAUAAGCACAGAGGUUGAAUUUUACUCCUUUUGCUGCUGCUGCUGCUAAGUCGCUUCAGUCUGUGUGACCCCGUAGACGGCAGCCCACCAGGCGCCCCCGUCCCUGGGAUUCUCCAGGCCUGUAUAAAGAUCCAUUAAUCAUGGAAGUUCUGCGUCCACAGCUUAUAAAAAUUGGUGGACGGGUUUAUAGGAAGAAUCCCAUCCAAGAACAGCCUUAUCAACAUGAAGAAGAAGAUGAUGACUAUUACCAAGGCCUCGUGGAGUGUGCCGAAGAGCCCUGUGAAACCUACGAGGUGGUGCAGACCCCACAAGGUUUCCGAUGUACCGUGAAGGCCCCCAGCCUACUCUACAAGCAUAUUGUUGGAAAGAGAGGGGACACUAGAAAGAAACUAGAAGUGGAGACCAAAACUUCUAUUAGCAUUCCUAAGCCUGGACAAGAAGGAGAAAUUGUAAUCACUGGUCAGCAUCGAAGUGGUGUAAUUUCAGCCCGAACUCGGAUUGAUGUUCUUCUGCUCACUUUUAGAAGAAAACAGCCCUUCACUCACUUCCUUGCCUUUUUCCUCAAUGAAGCUGAAGUUCAGGAACGAUUUCUGAAAUUCCAGGAGGAAGUACUGGAGAAGUGCUCCAUGGAUCAUGGGGUUGAUAGCAGCAUUUUCCAGAAUCCUAAAAAGCUUCACCUAACUAUUGGGAUGUUGGUGCUUUUGAGUGAGCAAGAGAUCCAGCAGACAUGUGAGAUGCUACAGCAGUGUAAAGAGGAAUUCAUUGAUGACAUUUCAGGGGGCAAACCCCUGGAAGUAGAGAUGUCAGGGAUAGAAUACAUGAAUGAUGAUCCUGGCAUGGUGGAUGUUCUUUAUGCCAAAGUCCAUAUGAAAGAUGGCUCCAACAGGCUGCAGCAAUUGGUUGAUCGAGUGCUGGAACGUUUUCAGGCAUCUGGACUAAUAGUGAAAGAGUGGAAUAGUGUGAAACUCCAUGCUACAGUCAUGAAUACUCUGUUCAGGAAAGACCCCAAUGCUGAAGGCAGGUACAAUCUCUACACAGCGGAUGGCAAAUAUAUCUUCAAGGAAAGAGAAUCAUUUGAUGGCCGAAACAUUUUAAAGCUAUUUGAGAACUUCUACUUUGGUACCCUAAAGCUCAAUUCAAUUCACAUCUCUCAGAGGUUCACAGUGGACAGCUUUGGAAACUAUGCCUCCUGUGGACAGAUUGACUUCUCCUGAGGUGGAUCUUGGGAAGCACUGAAGUUAAACAUCCUCACAAGGGCAGCAGCAAUUGAAAUGGUGAUAUCAGCAGGACUGUGCAGAGUUUCCCAGGAGAAUGUCAGCCACAGAAGGCACUCCUUUGCUGCAGACCGGCAGAGGGUGGGGGCUCCUCUGCUCAGCCCCACCCGUCAGCCCUGCCACUUUCUCUGCUAGGGAGCCCCAGCCUCACUGUCACCUCUCAUCCCUGCCGCCCCUCCCCCCACAGCUUUCCUCCCUCCGUGGCCUCUGUCUUUCCUUCACCACUUAGUCUCAUCCUGAUUAUUAUUUUCUGUUUGAGAAGUCUGAUUCGGAACCCCAUGUGUUAAUAAGGCCACUAACUGGUCAAGACUGUAUGUAACACUCAGAUUUGUUAUCCUUGUGACAGCACAAAUCAUUUGUGAAUAAAUGGAUUUCUAAAGUGA